GGUAACAACGUGCCGUGAUUAUUAAAAAAAAAGUUCAAUGUCGCAUCCACCCUUACUAAUUUUUCUCUUUUAAAUUAGUGUUAUACGUGAUUUGCGAUUUAAAACCGUUUCCAAACGUUUAAUUUGCAUAAUUUGAAAUUCCGGUUUUUGACUUGAUGACCGAGGAAUUGUAUCGAGAACUGGUAAUAUGGUAAGAUCGUUCCGAAUUGGGUCAGUAAUCGCCGGAGGUGGCUGCCUCCUCAACCUUGCUUGACGACCUAAUUUCGACCCACCUGACGGAGUACGUCGUGGCAGUUGGAAAUAUGCAAGGUGACUAUGGACGGCUUCUAAUUCUAUCGCCUUUGCUUUUCUUUACGGUAUUGAUAAAAGGUGAAGAAUAUCAGGGUCUAUAUUUAGGAAAAUUCCAUACGUAUUCACAUCAGGUGACUGGAGAAGUAUAUGCUGUAGAUCAAUAUACAUUUUUAAUCAAGCAUUUCUUUUACGAUGGAUUGGGUCAAGAUACAUUCUUCUGGGCUGGGUCUACAGUCAGGCCAAGUAACAUUGGUUUUAUUGUUCCAGAUGAAGAAGGAAGGACAAAUAAACUUCAACGUUAUGUUAAUAGGGACUUGACAAUAGUGUUACCAGAUAAUAAAAAAAUUACAAGUAUUAGAUGGCUAGCAGUCUGGGAUUUAAGAGAACAUUCUAAUUUUGCAGAUAUAUACAUUCCUGAAGGUUUCGAACCGCCAUCACCACAACGUCUGUCAGAAUUUUCUCGUUUGGGACACAAUGUUUCUUCUGAUCCUGUUAUGAUUAUUGAUUCUAAAACAAUUUUUAUUCCUUACUUUAAUUAUGAUGGGAAGAAUGAAAGUAAGCAUUUUUGGGUUGGAGGAGGACCACAACCAAAUAGUUUUGGUAGGAAAAUUCCAAAUGAAAAAGGAUAUUUAAAUCCUUUGGGAAGUUAUAAAAAUGAAAAUAUCACAUUGGAACUACCAGGAAAUUUAACUGUUUCUCAAAUUUCGUGGUUAAGUGUAUGGGAUGAAGAGAAAGGUGAAAACUUAGGCUCUAUUAUAAUUCCAGACGAAUUAAAUAUUCCACCAUCUCUGAUAACUGAGAUAAAGUUUGAAAGUCAGCUACCAAACUGUGAGCAAUUACACAGAAAUUUACAAUUAAACUGGGAUGUCUUUGGUCCUCAAAUUACUUUUGAACUCUCUGGACAAAUAGAUGAUGAUGACUAUAUGUCUGUUGGGAUCAGUGGUUCUAAAAAUUCAUCUCAGAUGAUAGAUGCAGAUGUAGUUAUUGCCUACGUUGAUGGAUUUUUACCAUUAACUAUUGAUUAUAACAUUACCGGAAAAUAUCCUUGCACAAACGUUCUUGGACUUAACAAAGGUGUCUGUUCUGAUUUAAAAUUGGGUGCAGUAGAUAAUUUCCAAGUGCAUUCUCAUUAUAAAGAAAAUGGAAUUACAUCCAUAACAUUUCGCCGUAAUCUGAUAAACACCGGUGAUGAUGGAGAUAAAAUUUAUAAUUCGGAUGGUGAUACAUAUUUAGUUUGGGCUAUUGGAAAAUUAAAUCAUUUUAAAGAACCUGGAUUCCAUCAUAUUUAUCCAAAAGGUACAAUUAAAUAUCAGUUAGGAAGAAAGAAGCAUGCAAAAAAUUGUUUUGCUUUUACAAAAUCACCAACAGAAGAAAAGAAAAUUAGUUGGAAAAUAAUGCAGUUACGUGACCAAAAAACUGACACUUUCAUUAUGAGAGUUGGUCCUCCCGGUGAUUGGAAAGGUUAUUUAGGAAUAGCGGGUAAACCAACUCCAGGAGUAGUUUGGUAUGUAAAUGGUCUUUUAGCUCCUGAAAUUUAUGUCAAGCGUGGCAAAAAAUACACAUUUAAAGUUGAAGGAGGAAAUAAUCCAUACAAUGCAAGAUACUAUCAUCCAUUAUAUAUCACAAAUGAUCCUCAUGGUGGAUACGGAAGAUAUACAGAAGAACAAAGACAGAAAGUUAAAGUUUAUGCAGGCGUACAGUUUGACAGAAGAGGACGCCCACAUCCUUCUGCAGUGGGCAGAUUGUGUUCUUGGGUUUACAACAAUAAUUCCGAACCGAGAAAAGCCGACAAUUUCGUCAACUUUGCAAAGUUUAGGAAUUCUUUAAUAUUUCAAUGCGAGGAAGGAGAAGCCACAAUUCUGAACUGGACUCCGGAUUCGUCUGUUCCCGACGUCGUGUAUUAUCAGAGUUAUACACAGAGAAACAUGGGGUGGAAAAUACAUGUAGUGGAUUAUAUAAUAAGUUCCGCAAAUUCCGUUCGGCCGUCGAAAGUACAUUACUUUAUAAUUUUAAUUUAUUUUUUAUGUUCGGGGAUGAAAUUAAGAUAGUGAUAAAUUAAUUUAGUAACAAAUUAUGUAAAUAAUACCAUUAGAUUCAAUUUUUCUCCACCUUCGCUACUUAAUUUAUUUUAAUGUUAUUUAAAAAAUGUUUUAGAUUUUUUUAAUAUAAAAAU